AUGUCUAGCCAGAAACAGAUUGACCCUAAGAAGCAGCAAGAGCUUCAGCACCAAUACACCAACUUCAAAAAUACCCUUCAGCAAUUAGCGCAAAAGAUCGGUGAUAUUGAGCAGGAAGCAGAAGAACACAAACUUGUGAUUGAAACCCUCGACCCUCUUGCCGCAGACCGCAAAUGUUUUCGCCUGGUGAAUGGCGUUUUAGUUGAGCGCACUGUCAAAGAUGUGCUUCCUACACUCAAGACCAACUCGGACGGGUUGAGACAAGUGAUUGAGGACAUGCUCAAGCAGUACAAAUCAAAGCAGGAUGAGCUGGAUACCUGGAAGAAGAAAAACAACAUUCAGGUUGUGCAGCCUUAG